ACACAACGAAAGCCCAAUGCAACUCAACGAAAAAUCAAUAAGCCCGCUCCGAUCUGCGCACGUCUCGUAACGCUUCAAAGCUAGGCACGAGCGGACUCACCUGCCAUAUGCUGUAUUUUGAUACGGAGUUCGAAAUUGUGCAAACAUUUUCGCAAGCAAAAUAAAAAAAUCGACCAAAUACACAAUCGGCAAUUCGGCUGUGAUCGUACAAAGUUUUCGUUUUUGUGAAAGAGUGAAACAUUCUACUGGGUAAGUCUGACGAAGAGAAUUACGUGACUGCGAUUCGUCUGACGAGUACGUUUUGCAGUUCCAAUGCGGUACCCGGGGUUAAACUUGAGAGGCGAAGUCAGAGAGAGCAUUUCUUUUGAUGACGAUGAUAUGAGCGACGUCGAAGAUGAGGUUUUUAUCAGAGACGGAAAGAAUGGAUACAAGCUUGCAGAGGACUUUAACGCAAAACGUCCUCUUAUGGCCCCAAGAAGGACGGCAAAGUCUGAUAUCAAUGCUAGACUAAAAGCGAGGCCUCCUUGCAGAGCGUUCUGUAAACCGUGCUGUUAUGUCAUCCUAUCUUUGAGUAUUUUAAUUGGUCUAAUAAUUCUUGUAGUAGUAGUGGUAUCUAUGUUUCCUCUACCGAUAGACAAAAUCAGGGAUUGGAUAAUAAGCAAAACGCCGAAAGAAGACGCAAGCGUCAAGCUAUUGCCUUGUAAUAAUUUGAGGGUAAAGGACGUAUGGUCGAUCAGUCUUCCUAAACUUACGACUGAUUCUGCUGUACGCACAAUCGAUGUAAACGAGGAUGGUUUUGAAGAUGUACUUUUUAGUUUUGGAACAGGUAACAAUUAUGACGUCAUCCCCGCAGACGUGUUCUGCCCCGUGUUCAUGGGCGUACCGCCUCCAUGUGAAGGAGGCGUCAUUGCAUUGAACGGCGUGAACGGUGAAAUACUUUGGAGACAAUGGCUGAACGAUACCAUAUUUUCUUUGCAAUGUUCAACUGACGUGAAUGGAGAUCAUAUCAAUGAUUGCUUAGCUAUAGGAAUUAAAGGGACAAUAAUAGUGAUCAGCGCAAAAAACGGAUCAGUGAUAUGGCAAAUCAAUAGCGGCAAAUCGAACAUUUUCGUGGGGAAUUUCAUCCCAGACCAAGACGGAGAUGGGAUAUGGGACGUUCUCGCAUCCCAUUCUUCGUUGACUGAAGGAAAAGAUGGACAUAUCAUUUUGUUCUCUGGAAAGAGCGGAAAAGAACUGAAGAAGUUAGAUACUCCUAAUAAUGCGAAAACGUUCUACAUGCCUCAAAUUCUGAAGUAUAACGAUUCUGAAGCGUUUGUUUUGUUCGGCACUGGGUCUACGACACGACCAGGGAAUAUGAGUGUUGUAUCCUUAAAAAAUAUCGAGAAUCUGACAAAUUCGUCAACGACAAUAUUCGAAAACAAACACGAAGGUAUACUGACCCAAUCGGUGCUGGUCGACAUAACAGGAGAUGAAAUACCCGAUAUCAUAAACUCUAUGUACAACACUACAGUGAUAGCCAUAGAUGGCAGCACUUUCAAACAAAUCUGGAACUUCACUGUGCCUGGCGCUUACUCAGAAACAAACUUGAGCCCCACACCUGGAUACUUUAACUAUGAUAACGUUACUGAUUUUUUGGUCGUGUAUCAGAAGUACGAUGAUAUUCUUAACUAUAACUACACCCAGACUUUCAUAAUAGAUGGAAAAACGGGUCGAUCCAUAUACAAUCCUAUUGCCGGGAGUAUAAUUACCCAAAUGAGCGCCAUGGCUAUAAGCUCAGAGUGCCAUGGCUAUGACACGUUCCUCAAAUUCAGACGCACCUUAUGAUGAGUGCAAAAGUCAGUUCAACACUUCAAGAAUCAUUAAAAUGAACGCAUUAAGUCAGUUUCAUCAACCACCAGGCUUCGUUGUCUACAACUCUGUGGAUCGAAUACCAACGGAAUUUAAAAGCUUCAAAUCGAUUACAAAGCAACUGAAAGAAUACUAUACGACCCAUCCGAAGCUCCGUAUUUUAUCAGCAGGACAGUCUGAGCUAGGGGAAAAUUAUAACGUAGACGCAAAGCCUAUUGGAAUACGAAAAUAUGGGUCUUCAAGUUUCCGCCACAAGCCUGCUGGUAACGCGGGAAUUUUGAAAAAUUAUAUUCCUAGUGAAAUCACUGAACAGG